ACCCCUCCAUUGACGAUCAAGGAGGUUCGUAGGACCCUCGAGUACUGCAAAGAGAGAUCGAGUUUGUACCGAGGUUAGAGAAACGCCCUGAAGCGACCGGCUAGUAUUGAACCACUUUAGGGUGUAGACAAAAGGCGAUUUAGACAAAAGCAGAGACAUAACGGGUGUUAGUAACACAACACAAAAUCAAAACUACUGGGAGAGAGUGGAUGAAGACAGGACAUUCUAAUUAAUCUUCAGAAGUGUCUUCGUGCUGCUCCGUACUUUCUGGGGUACCAUCUUAGUACUAGUGCCUGUCUCCCUUUCUUUUCUUUUUCCUGUGGGCGCUUGCUGGAAAAAAAUAGUAAAACAAAAAGCCUAUAAAAACGACUCUGAUCUAGUCCCCACCUUUUGCUGAUAGUUAUGAAGGCGGCAGUGGACAUCAAACCGAGCCUCACCAUCAUAAAGACAGAAAAAACGGACGAUCUAGAAUUGGGAGAUGUUCCACUUCUCACACCAGGCAGUAAGGAAAUGAUGGCCCAGGCACUUAAGGCAACCUUCAGCGGAUUUACCAAAGAACAACAACGUCUUGGGAUCCCUAGAGAUCCCCACCUGUGGACUGAGACCCAUGUAAGAGACUGGGUGAUGUGGGCUGUGAACGAGUUCAGCUUGAAAAGUGUGGAUUUUCAGAAGUUGUGCAUGAAUGGGGCCAGUCUACUUGCCUUGGGGAAGGAACGCUUCCUGGAAAUUACACCAGAUUUUGUGGGUGACAUCCUCUGGGAACAUCUCGAGAUGCUGCAAAAAGAAGAGCAGAAGCCAUUUCAAGUGAGUGGUGUGAAUCCCCCCUACGCAGAUUCUCGCUAUACAUCAGACUACUUUAUCAGUUAUGGCAUAGAGCAUGCUCAGUGUGUCCCACCAUCCGAGUACACAGAACCUGGCUUUAUCACAGAGUCAUACCAAACCCUACACCCCAUUAGCUCCGAGGAUCUGUUCUCCUUGAAGUAUGAGAGUGAUUACUCCAGUGUCAUCCUGCGCGAUGCACCUCUUGAACCCCUUCAGGCUGAAUACUUCACUGUGAAACAAGAAGUCGUGUCCCAGGAUAAUAUGUGUGUUGGACGCAUAAGCAGAGGUAAAUUUGGUGGCCAAGACUCCUUUGAAAGCACAGAAAGUUAUGACAGCUGUGACCGCCUCACCCAGUCUUGGGGAAGUCAGUCCUCGUUUGGUAGUUUACAGCGUGUCCCAUCGUAUGAGAACUUUGACUCUGAAGAUUACCCUACUGCAGUGUCUAAUCAUAAGCCCAAAGGGACAUUUAAGGACUAUGUCCGAGACCGCAGUGACCUUAGCAAGGACAAGCCUGUCAUUCCAGCUGCUGUCUUAGCAGGAUACACAGGUAGUGGACCAAUCCAGUUAUGGCAGUUCCUUCUAGAGUUACUGACAGACAAGUCUUGUCAGUCCUUCAUCAGCUGGACAGGAGAUGGCUGGGAAUUUAAGCUCUCAGACCCUGAUGAGGUUGCACGCAGGUGGGGUAAGAGGAAAAACAAACCAAAGAUGAACUAUGAGAAGUUAAGUCGUGGUCUGCGUUACUAUUAUGACAAGAAUAUAAUUCAUAAGACUGCAGGAAAACGAUAUGUGUACCGUUUUGUCUGUGACCUGCAAAGCCUGCUGGGAUACACACCUGAGGAGCUACACACCAUGCUGGAUGUGAAGCCUGAUGCAGAUGAAUAGAUGAGUCAAAGUCAAAGUGAGCUGGUGCCAUUGGGGAUGAGUUUUGGAUGAAAAUGAAGCAGUAUUUUGAGCUACGAGUGAGAGAUGGUAAUUGAGGGAGGAACCCUAUCUUGGAAGUUCUUUCAGGUUUUGGAUUCUGAUUUUUUUUUUCUAUAUGAAGAAAAGCACAGCUCAAAAUUUGCAAACAAGAAAACUGAAAACAGUAAUUUAGUAAUACAUUCCAUGAAUUCUGUACUGCCUUAAGUUUGUAAAGCAACUGACAGUCGUCAUGGUGGACAGAGAGAGAGAGACUGGGCAGGAAUCCAGUGUGUGCGGAGUGUAUGUUGCAGUUCGCAGCGAACAGAGACUUAUUUUUGGUCUGUGCUAGCACUGCCCUCCCUAUUGCAACAGAUUAGGGUCGAGGGAGGGAGAAUCCUCCAUUCGUUGGGGGGGGGGUCAUUCGUCUCUGGAUUUUUUAUUAAAACAAAAAUUGUGCCAGUAUGAUUUCUGUUUCUUCUUAAUUUUGCUACAUCUUUUUCUGUAAUGCUGUAUAAUGUGCAGUGUUCUGCCAUAGAAUUAUGCGACUGUAUGUGUCAGGAUCUUCCAUCCGUUUGCCACAAGCAUUGGAAUCCCAUUUUACAAGUUUAGUUCGUCCAUCCUUUGUUUGGAACUUUACUGAAGUAUUGUGUGUGUGUGUGUGUGUGUGUGUGUGUGUGUGUGUGUGUGUGUGUGUGUGUGUGUGUGUGUGUGUGUGUGUGUGUGUGUGUGUGUGUGUGUAGGAGUAUACUGAAAUUGCCUUAUUGCUUCAAAAGGUAAAAUGUUCUGCACAAUUGUCUAAAACACAUUGAUAGGAAAGUGUUGUGUGUGCUUUUUAUCCUUUUUUUCCACAGGUGUAAAUGACAAGUGUGUGCACUAUGAAAUGCAUUUAAUUAGUAUUUCAAAAGAAUGUAAUUUAGAGUACAGCACCCUGAUACCAAAGUUGUGGGGAUCUUUUCUGUUUUCAAAGAUGUAUGAUUCCAUUAUGACAUGUUGAAAGGUUAGUAUAUAGAACAUUUUGUUUUAUGCACUGUAUUGGUGCUAAUAAGCUACCCCUUGCCAUUUUACAUGCCUCUUGUGGAUAUGUAAAAAUGAGCAAUUUUGAGUACCUACAGAAAUGACCCUGACUGUACCUCUAUAGUUUUAAAAAAACAUGGUAUACAAGCAGAAUUUUGUUCCGAUUCCUGAAGGGGAAACGUCUCACUGAGACUUUCCAGGGCUAACAGCACAACAGGAAGAAAACUGCUUUUUCUGUUUUAUUAAAUAAAUCAUUCCAGUUUUUGCAUACUGAUUUGAAUUUUGCUUACAUUAAAUCUUUAAGUUGUAGAUAUUGAUUGAAAAAGAGUACUCCAAGACAAAAUGAGAAAUGCAUGACUUUUUCGCGAUGGGGUUUGUUAACCUGGUGACCAUGGAUGCUCAAACAGUUCUUAAUGCAAUUUCACUUACCGGUGAUGAAUGCUGAAUGAAGCACAGAAUAAGGGAGAUACGUUAUUUUUUGAGUGGCGCAUAUGGUAAUUCUUUCACCUAGUGUAUGUAGCAGAGAUGACAAUUUGUCAUCUAUCGCAUUUUCUCCUAAGGGCUGAAAAUUAGAUUAGCUGCAAAUCUUAGGGGCUUAGUUGGUGUAGCUCUACCAGGAGUCUUUUCUGACUAAACAGUUACAUGCAUGCAUACUAGCAUAUGCACAAUAGUUAGGCUAGAAAGCUUACUGGCAGAGCCAUUCAUUUCUGUAGGUGAUUAGAGGGGCUUGAAAUAAGUAGGUUGCAAGAAAAAGAUGGAUUAUGAAGUGCAUAAAGUGAGGACAAGGGGAAGGCAGUGCCAGGUAUUUGUAUGUCUGUGUUUGGGCAUAUAGUGGAAGGCAGUGCAGGUAUUUCUAAGUCUGUGUUUGGGCAUACAGUCAUGCAGUUUUCCCCAUCUCUGUCGUAUAACUCUAGAGCAUGUUUCGUAGUGUUUGUAAACAGAGUAUGUUGUGGAAGGUGACAGUGGGGGGGCAAUAGGGAGUCUUCACUCAUUUAGAACAUUAGUGCGAUAAUAAAGAGCAGGGGAAUAACGUAUCUCGUGGCUUUUAAAAUUUGCACAAUAUUAGUCAGAGCUGAUAAUGGUCUGCCUUUUUUGAUGGCACUAGUCUGCUUUCUAAAUCAUGGUAUGGUUAACAUGGACACCCUGAAGAUUUUAAUAGUGACUUUAGCAGUUGUUAUCUUGCAGACAGGAGUAUGUUUCCGUACAAGACCAUAGACAUUUACCACCGAAUUCUGAGUGGUUACAGCCAUCAGAACAGUGACAGGAAAAGACUAAGACCUUUCUAUCUUAAAAGGUAGGGUGUUGCUGAUAUGGUCUGAUUUGAAGAAUGUCCAUAAUCCUAUUAUUUCCCAGGAAGAACUACAUAUUGACUUCAGCUGAUCCACAUAACUAAAUCUAAGUUACCAAUUAGUAGCAUCUCCAGGAGAAUGAAAUCCAUCUGUGAUUCCUGAAGUGAGUUUUAUUGUACAGUGGACUGUAAUUUGUGCCUUUAGAAACUUCUUUUGAAUUCACUUGAUCCCACAGUAAAAAUGCAACUAAUUUACUGUUGAAUUGUUAAAGCCCUAAGAUGGCUUACCUUACUGUUUUGUUAGAUAUACGUGUCUUAUUUUCCACAUUUCCCUUGUCAUGACCAGCUUAACAGGACUUUUACCUUUUAACUCUGCUUAACUGUUGACUUCUAAGAAAGAGUUUGUGUGUGUUUGUCUGAACUGUCUGUAGGAUUUGAGGAGCCAGGUGUGAUGUGAGUAACUUGAUCUUAAUGCACAGUUCUCAGGUGAGAGAAUGUUUUUGUUGCACUUUUAUUGGCUGUAGAACUGCAUUGUUUCUGUCCUGUAUUUUCCUGUUCAUCUGAUUUUUUUGCUACAGCUACAUAGAGGCUGCCACUCCACCUCCAACACUCUGUUUGCUUGUAGUUUGUGGCUAGUGGUACACAAUGCUAGGCACAACUAUUUUGCUUUAUAAAUCUGAGUGUGUAUUUGUUUCUGGUACCUUGAGGAAAAUUCCAAUACCAUGGCUGCUUGUGCAGGAUUCCCGUUACUUAGAGCUAAAUGUUUUGCUCAUUGCAUCCUUUAUUGUGGUUGAGCACUUUGUGAAUAUUCAGCACGUUUGAGAAGGCUCCAUUAUUUUGCUGUCUGUUUACAGUCAUACUGUUGUAUAAAAUAGAAGAGGGGGUAUGAGUGGAUGGUACAGAAUUGUUCAAUUUUAACGCAGUUAUAGUCUAUUACAUCUGUUUUCUUCUUAAUUGCAAGCAGACUUUGGACUGUACGGAAAUUGUUGAAAGCCAUAAGACCAAACAAAAGACAUAUUGGCAUUGUGCUGACUCCAUAGGUUUUGGUUUGGUUUGCUGCUAGUUGGUAAUCAUUGCUUUCAAAAUUUUACUUGCAGUAGACUGCAGUGUUCCAUUGAUUCAUGCAUUUUAUUUUACUCAGUAGUUAUGGAGGAUUUGUAUACUUUUAGUACAUUUGUGCGUUUGUUUCAUCUGCUGUAGACAAAAACAUCUUGUUGCAUUAUUGUUUUGCAGUAAGAAAUGUAGCUUUGUCUGUCGAUAUAGAUGGUGUUUUGUGUGUAUUCGUGUGUGCAAACGAGAGCACAUUUGUAUGUGUACCCUUAAACGGAUGAACCUCAUGUGAAGUAUGGACUUAAUUACUUUUGCAUAUUUGGCCAUAAAAAGUAGCAAAAAAAAAAUCUGAAAGCAUGACAUGUACUCAGCAUUAAGUAGCAGUAACAUGCUGAGGUAACAUGAAUCCUGGAAUAACUACUUCUGGUUCGAAGAGUUUUGCUAUCUCAUUUUAUGUACCUUAUUUAUAUUUCCACAUAGUUGUUUUCUCUACAUUGUUAAUCCUUGUAUAUGGGUAUUUUCUGUUAAUGGCCUGUAUUAUCACUUCUUCAUUGGCAAGCUGCUGAGUAAACAACAAAACAAUAAUGCAAAGUGCUUAGGAAAUUGUGUAAUGAACAUUAAUAAAAGGAAAUGGUAAAAUGGACGUUAAGUUCAGAUUUUGGUGAACAUUAUCCCGUGCAGUAGAAUGACUGUGCCUUUAACAGUGGGGUGUCCUGAUGUGCUUUUGAGUGUGUCUGCACAAAUGUCUUUUCAUUAUUUUAAAUAAAUAUCAGGGAAUGUUCACCACCCUCCUAAACAAAAACGUGUGCCAGAGAGCUGUACAGCUUUGUGUUGUCAUGGAAAAUGCGCAGAUAUGCAGCAUUUGACCAAUAGUUAUGAGUACUGGAGCACAGUUUUUAAUACAUUGACCAAAUCAUACAGAAUUGUAGUUGAAAAGCAAAAUUAUUACUGUAUUUCAAAAACUGUACAGGUUUUUAAGCAAAGUAAGAAAUUUCAUCUGUUUUGUAUUUGUAAUAAGUUUUUAUUUUUUUAUUUUCAUUAUUUUUUUUUUUUUUUUUUUGUGGGAGGGAAGGGUUAAACAGAGCAUAUGAUAAAAUAAACUGAAGGAACUUGACUAAAAAGAUUAAAAAUGUUAGUUAUCUGUAAGGAAUGUGUGAUCUUUCAACGUUUACAUUGGUUAGUACUUUUACUGUGGAGGACCUUUAUAAAAAUAUUAUUUUAAAUUCCAAAGACAUUUCACAGUAUACAGUUCCAGGAUGGUUUGCCUCAAGAACUUUUAUUUUAUUUUUUAAGUAAAUAAGUAGAUUUUUAGCCUAAAAUGUUCUAAAAGAUUUUAUAUUAUGUUCACAGGUAUUUUUUCAACUUGUAUUUUCAUAUAAUUUAUAUUUUUAAAGCUGAAAUUAAAAGAUAAAACAAAAAAAGCAAAGAAGCUGGUGCUUUUAUAAACUGUGGUAGCUUAGAUAUGUAGCAGUUUUGUUUUUCUUUUUUUAAAGUGAUAUCUGAAAAAUAUAUAUAUAUAAGUAACUGAUGCUGGCCCAUCAAUCCUGCUGACAAAUUUAUAAUUCUGUAGCUGUAUUUCUUGAAGACUUGGAAUGUUGUGUGAUUAAAAAAUGAUAUAAAGACUGUG